UAUAUAUAUAUUUUUUUUUAUAUAAAAAUAAUGAUGUGAUAUAAAAUAAAAGUAUUUGUAAAAAAAAUUGGAUAUUUAAUGAAAUAAUUAUUUUGGAGAUCGAGUAAUUUGCAAGUUGGAAAAAGCAUCUCCAUAAUUCUGAUCAAUAUUGCCUCAUCGAUCACUGUUUUCGCAUUAUUGCAGCGCUCCUGAAACCCCUUUGUGUUUACUUUUUUGUGUGAGACGAGGAAGAAGAUCUUUGGAGGCUAUGGCGUAUUAUGCUGCUCUUACUUCUCUCAUGGAGUUACUCGAUGAUAUCAUCCAUGGUGGUCGAUAUCCAAACUUUCUCUUGGGGAGACAAGAAAUCAUGAAAUCCCUUCGCAAGAAAUUCAGCCUCCUGCUGGAUUCGCUGAAAGAUUAUUCAUCCAAAGGUGACGAAGCAGCGGAUCGCGUGGAAGGACGAAUCAGGGAUGCCGCAUAUCAAGCACAAGAUGUUAUUGAAUUUGGGAUAUCCAAUGAGGUCGAUUCGUGUUUCCUGCAGCAGACAGUUGAGGAUUUGGCAGAGAGCCUGCGUGAGGUGGAGGAAGAAGUUGAUUCGACCUUGGAGGAGCUGGCAAUGGCGAUGGCCAUGGAGGAAGGAACCCAAAGAAGCCAAGAUUUGCCACUGCAAAGACCUUAUUCUGGCGCUGGUGAUAUACUGGUGGGAAUCGAUGAAGAUCUACUGAAUAUUAAAGAGCAGCUCUGUGGACAUUCAUCCCGACUCCAAGUCAUUGCCAUUGUUGGGAUGGGCGGUAUAGGGAAGACCACUUUGGCUAGAGCUGCCUUCGAUGAUCCGCUUAUUGUGGAAUACUUUGACUGUCGGGCUUGGGUGACUAUAUCUCAAGUGUAUAGUAUGGAACAAAUUUGCCGAAGCAUCCUGGAAUCAUUUGGUGCUAAUAAGAAUAAUAAUAUUCUUGCAGUCUCAAAGGCACAUUUAAUGGAACUUUUACACAAACAUUUGUUUGGUCGGAGAUAUCUCAUUGUAAUGGAUGAUAUCUGGGCUAGAGACGCUUGGAAUGAUAUGAAGCGCGUGUUUCCCGACAACUCUAAUGGAAGUCGCAUCGUGUUAACCACUAGGUUAUUAGAUUUGGCUUAUUAUGUCAGCUCUGGUUUCAUUCAACAGAAGAGCUUUCUAGAUGAAGAUAAUAGUUGGCAUUUGUUGCAGAACAAAGUGUUCGGACAAGAAGCAUGCUCGCCGGAAUUGGAGGAUAUUGGAAAGCUUAUUACAAAGACCUGUGGAGGACUUCCUCUAGCAAUCGUUGCAGCUGCAACUAUCCUAUCUACGAACAGGACGCGGUAUCACUGGAAAGCAGUUGCGGAGAAUCUGAAUUCUAAAUUGAGCAGAGAUAAUGACAUGAUCUUUCACGUAUUGUUUCGUGAGAGCUACAACAACUUGCCUCAUCACCUAAAAGCGUGUUUUUUAUAUAUGGCAAGUUUUCCGGAGGACUGUGAAAUCGAUGUCUCCAAACUCAUCAAGCUGUGGAUUGCAGAGGGACUUGUGAGAUCAGUUGAUGGAUCGAAGAGCUUAAAACAAGUGGCCGAGGAAUGUUUAGUCGAUCUUGUCCAAAGAAGUCUUGUUAUGGUCUCGAAGAAGAGAGCCAAUGGUGAAUUCAAGUCUUGCAUCUUGCAUGAUCUCUACAGGGAUUUCUGCAUACGUAGAGCUUCCGAGGAACACUUCUUUCAUAUGGAUCGAGACUGGGUUGAAAAUGCACGCCACAUCAAUAUCCAUGGAACUUUUCGCUAUCAUGUAAGGCCAUACAACAUUGGUAAUCUCAUACGUUCCAUACUCUUGUUUGGUAAAACAUUUGGUUCGAAUUUUUCUGCCAUCGAGCCGAGUAGUCUCAAACAGCUGAGAGUAUUAGGUGAGCGCGUGACUACAACUUGGCCGAUUCCUGAAGAAAUCUUCCAAAUGUUACAUCUAAAAUACCUCGACCUUUAUCUAGAAGGCCUUAAACCGGGAGCAUGCCUUCCUGCAUCCAUAUCUGCACUCAAGAAUCUCCAGACCUUAAUUAUUUUUACUCCCUAUGCCUAUUCCGUCGCAGUACCUCCUGAAAUUUGGAAGAUGACGUGGCUUAACCAUCUUAUAAUCAGUGCAAUGACGUUGCCGUCUGUUCCUCUGGUUGAUGCUCAAAAGCUAGAACACCUGGAAACAUUGAUGACUGUAAAAAACUUCUUAUUCACCAAGGAAGCCAUAGAAGUAAUCCCCAACCUGAGGAAACUGAAAAUAAGUUGCCGUGGAGACAAAGAGAGUGAUAUUUGGGAGAUGCAUUGCCUCAACAACCUCGUCCAUCUACACCGACUUGAGGAGUUGAAAAUCAGAAUUCUUUCUACACUAUAUUCGAAUGUUGAUUGGAUGUUCAGUAGGUUUGUGUUUCCGCUGAAUCUCAGGAAGUUGUCGUUGCAAGGCUGCAAAUUCUCAUGGGAGGAAAUGACGGUGGUGGGGUGGUUGCCGGAACUUCUAGUUCUCAGGCUAAGGGAGGAUUCAGUUGUGGGAGAAGAAUGGGAACCAAGAAAAGGUGAAUUUCGUCGACUUAAGUUCCUGUUGAUUGAAAGGUUAGAUCUCAAGUGUUGGCGAGCACAACACACAAACUUCCCGUGCCUCGAACACUUAAAAAUCAAAGAGUGCUUCAAUCUGGAGGAGAUCCCUGCUGGGAUUGGAGAUGUUCCAACUCUGGAAUCCAUCAAACUAUACGGAAGCGAACUUGCAAGAAAUUCAGCUAUCCUAAUUCAGGAAAAUCAACAGAGAUAUAAAACUGGCUUGCUUCAAGUUCACAUUUUCGACUGAUAGUUUUGGUGAAGGAUUUUGUUCGAACAAGUGAAUGGAAGAGGAGGCAAGCUCAAGAACGACUGCGGCGCAAUGUAACAGAGCAGCUGCAGAAGCUGGAGAGUAGCUUGUCAAUGAGCACAUUCACUUCCUGUUCUUACAACAUUAUGUGAGUUUCAGGACAAGUCUUGAUUCGGUUUUUACCCUGCCAUAUGAUCGAUCAUCUUUUUUGUAAGAGAGCUUUCGAUGAACUAUCCAAUGAGUUUGAGAUUUGAUUUUCAUCAUUUGUUUCUUUGAUCAUUAUGAUUCAUUAAACUUAAUCAAUACGUAUUUUGUUACAACUUUCUUU